AACAAAUUCAUCUGAGUUGUCUUCAAGCGUAACCUGCCAAAUAAGAGUCGCAAGAAAUGGCUUGGCCGGUGGUGCUUCUAGUCAAAUAUAGAAGACAACAUACCUUGCUCAUUUGAUUUUCUCCUUUCUUCAUUUUCUUUCAAACUUUAAUCUUAAUGGCUUCGGAUCCUAAGCUUUUCGUCUUCGAUGAAGUGGCUAAACAUAAUCACCAGGCGGAUUGUUGGCUUAUAAUCUCUGGAAAGGUUUAUGAUGUCACUCCUUUUCUGGAAGAUCAUCCAGGAGGUGAUGAAGUCUUAUUAUUAGCUACUGAGAAAGAUGCAACUGAAGACUUUGAGACUGUGAGUCACAGUUUAGAUGCAACAGAGGAAAUGGAAAAAUAUUAUAUUGGCAAUAUUGACAUGUCUACGAUUCCAAAGCCGGCUGAUCAUCGGCCACCUGCAUCCAAAUCAGAAUCGGCAGCAACCGAAGCAGCAACAGAAAAAACAUCGUCGGCUCAAUCUUCAGGAUCUUUGAUAAAAGUGUUGCAAGUUUUGAUUCCUUUGUUGAUUAUAGGUGUUGCAUUUUAUCUGCAAUACUAUGGCAAAAAGCAGUGAUCGACAUUCUCAAAUCAUGGAUGCCUUGAGUUUUGCAAUAAGCCAGACAUCUCCUCAUCACAUUCUGUUGAACACACUCUUAUCUAGGUUUCUCUGCCCUUUUGACUCUUGCUAAUUUGUGAGUAGAGAAUUUUCAUUUGUUUCUUGUUUCAUAAUCCUGCUUUACUCUGUCUUUUGUUUUACAAUAUUCAAGUUUCUGUGCUGAUUUAACACACCAGAUAUAUCAGGUUGAAGGUAGAUGAAAUACUGGAUUGUCUAAAUUUGGUCCUUUCCCACUUGCCAACCCUUCUUCAUGGAAUUAUAGUAGGUGUGUUUUAAUUUUAA